UUUUUCGUUGUUCGGCUGAAAUUGUAAUCAAAAAAAGAAAAAAAUUAUUUAUAAUGUCUUACAUUGGCAACGCAUCGGAUUUGGAGUGUGAAAAGAACGAGUUCCCUAGGCCGCGUCCUACGGGCCUUGUAACCAAAAUGGCCGCUCAUAAGUUAUCAUCGGAGCCCAAGUGGGUCGAUAAGCGAGAGGAUGAUUCCGAUUCCGAAAUCUCUUCGCCAGAUAAUUUUCUAACCAAAGGCGCAUUUCUACUGACACCCUCAUACGAACUAUCUAUGGAACGAGCUGCAUUAAUAUGUGAAAAAAUGAGUUUCAAGGGAUGUUUCAGCUUGACGAAAACCGCUACAGGAAUUCUAUUUAAAUUCUCAGAUCCAGAUGAUUACCAAGCGGUCUUUAAGAAGGGUUUCCACAAGGUUACCGGAGCGCGUUUCUAUCGCAAACAAUCAUUUUCGCGCAGUAUUGCCAUACCGUGUCGACCACGCAAGACAUUCACGCUCUAUGUGCUGGAUGUGCCGGAGGAUUUACCCGUGGAAGAUAUACGCCAUGCCAUGUACAAGUUCGAUUCGGUGGUGGAGGUAGUGCGUCUGCAUAUUUACUCCAGCCCUGGCAUGGCCAGCAGCAGCAGCGGCGGCGGCGGCAGCAGCGCCGAUAAGGGCGUCGAAGGUGAGCUGAUCCACCACACCCAGAUCCAGUUACCGAAUCCAUCACCAAUGCAAACAUUGCGCCGUGCAGCCUUUAGAAGCAGCAGCAGUGUUGGCAAAAGCGUUGUGGGCGAUGCCAUUGAAAAGGCCGAACGUCCGGAGCGUCGCGAGCUGCCCCCAGCCGUCAUACGCAUCACACUGGCCUCCAUGGAUGAGUACAAUAUAUUGCUGCAGAACGGUCUCAAUUUCUACGAUGCCACAUUCUUUCCCACUGAUGCGAAUAUUUCCCUAAAAGGCGCCAAGAUUGACUACAAGCGUAGAAUGUUGGAUGGCUCCAUACCCGGGCGUGUGCGCGAGCUUUUGCCCGUAUUUGAUGCAGCUGGCUUCUGCAAGUUGCCUCCACCCACCAGCAAACUAAUUAAGCCCCCGAGGUCAUAAGUUGAAAGCGACAAAUGCCACGCAGACGACGCCGAUGCCAAUGAUGAUGACGACAACAUGUUCCGGCUAGCUAAGCAAGCCAGUUUACUACGGUGCAAACUGUCUCAAUCCAAAAUCCCCCAAUGAUGAUGAACACACACACACACACACACAUACGACGACGACGAUACAAUUCUCGUUUUGAUGUUGGCAGCGUUUGCGUUUCCGCUGCCAACUGUAAUAAUUCCUCUUUUGGCUAAAAUUCAAUUUUUUUUUAUUAUUAUAAAAUGAUUUUUGUGUCUUUGCUUGCAAAAAGAGAUCAACAACAAC